GUUUAACAUCUCCACCCACUUGGAGUUGAUUCAAAGAUCGAUGCGGUGACAGCUUGGUGAGGCCCCGGCGCCUAGGAGCAGGCGGCGCUCGGCAACAGAUGGCGAGGGCGCACCUUGGUCCCGCAGUUUCCCCCCUCCGCUUCAGCUGAGCGCUGGCCGCCGCCACUGCGAUGACAACCAGCCGCCCGCACUCCUUGUAACCAGACGGAAGGUUCAUGUCACCUUUUGGGAAACUAGGGACACGUCUUUUCCCCUCCGAUGUCCAGCCCGUUGUGUGUGUGUGUGUCGGGUUUACCGGCGGGGCGGUCCACCUUGGUGAAUUCACUGUUCGGGUUCUUCGCGAACAUCAGCCGUCAACUGAAUGAAAUGCCACUAAUCCCAGGCACUGUGCUGUGCCUUCUUCACCAGGAUAAUUCUCCAUCAGCGACAAACACAAUGAAUACAUCAGACGGUGGAAUAAACUCUCUGUGUGCAAUCUGUGGGGACCGAGCCACAGGCAAACACUAUGGCGCCUCCAGUUGUGAUGGAUGCAAGGGUUUCUUCAGGCGAAGCAUAAGGAAGAGCCAUGUGUACUCCUGCAGGUUUAAUCGGCAGUGUGUUAUUGACAAAGACAAGAGGAACCAGUGCAGAUAUUGCAGAUUGAAGAAAUGUUUUCGAGCUGGGAUGAAGAAAGAAGCUGUGCAAAAUGAACGAGAUCGUAUAAGCAACAAAAGGAACAGCUACGAGACUGGCAGCUCACCCUCCAUCAACGUGCUGGCUCAAGCCGAAAUCCUCUCUCAUCAGCAGAUCCCCCUCUCAGUUUCUGCAGCGAACACAGACAUCUCCACGAAGAAAGUUGCUACUAUUAGUGAUGUCUGUGAGUCGAUGAAAGAACAGUUGUUGGUUUUGGUGGAAUGGGCUAAGUACAUUCCAGCUUUCUGUGAACUGCCGCUAGAUGAUCAGGUGGCUUUAUUGAGGGCACAUGCAGGGGAACAUCUGCUGCUUGGAGUGGCAAAACGAUCUAUGUCGUAUAAGGAUGUCCUAUUGCUAGGGAACGAUUAUGCCAUACAUCGCAACAGUCCAGAAGUGGAAAUUAGUCGUGUGGCAAAUAGGAUUUUGGAUGAGUUGGUGCAGCCUUUUCAAGAAAUUCAGAUAGAUGACAAUGAAUAUGCCUGCUUGAAAGCAAUUGUUUUCUUUGAUCCAGAUGCAAAAGCACUCAACGACCCAUCAAAAAUCAAGAACAUGCGUUACCAAGUGCAAGUUAGCCUGGAGGAUUAUAUUAAUGAUCGACAGUAUGAUUCCCGAGGACGAUUUGGAGAGUUACUUCUGCUGUUGCCGACUCUUCAGAGUAUAACCUGGCAAAUGAUAGAACAAAUUCAAUUUGUCAAACUUUUUGGACUAGCAAAGAUUGACAACUUGCUCCAAGAAAUGCUGCUGGGAGGCACAACCAAUGAUCCAAAUCACCUCCAUCAUCCUUUAAACCCUCAUGUGGCCCAGGAUCCAGUAACAGGCCAAACUAUUUUGAUCAGUUCAAUAGCUGCGGCAACUCACAGUGAACAGAUGUCUACACCAGAAACACCGCUACCAUCUCCUCCACAAGGUUCAGGUCAAGAACAAUACAAGCUUGCUUCAAACCAGAUUUCCAUUAUUUCUCAGCAAGGGCCGUUGCCAAAGCCAAAGGGUUUGUGAUGCCAAAUUUAAGGAAUGACAGAUUGUGCUUCCUGUCUUUUUGAAUACCAGAAAGUUGAAUGAAGUUACCCAGUCUGAUGCAAAGCCAUGGGUAGAAAGCAGCACUGCCAUUCUCUAUAUACACUACUCAUUUCCUAUCUUUGCCAACAUGUUUUUUAUGGAAUAUGCCACUGCAGGAGCAAGAAGUCUUAAACACAUGUCGCAAUCUCAGGUUAAAAGUUUAAAGAGAUUUGUUUAAACCUAUUUGCAUAAGUUCAAAAUAAACUUAUCUUGAGUCUUUUUUAUAGUUUUUAUGAAUUAAAUUUGUCAGUUUAAAUAUGGUAGACUGCUUAGCUGUUUUCCACAUUAGUUUAGCCAUUAAUUACGAUAUUUAACAGUGAGUAAGAGAAUUGUGUCAUAUUUGGUAUUAUGAACUAUAAAUGCUAACUUUUGAGACCUGCUUCACAUAACCUUUGAGGUAGAUAAAAUGACUUUAAAAAGCAUUUGUGGAAAAUGACUGAAUGAGUUGCAAAGUGGUAAUACAACCAAAGUGUAGUAAUUGUAAAAUUCAGCUUUACAUUACUUUAGCCAGUAUCAUAAGGCCAGUUAUUUCUUUUUAAAAUUGCACAUAUAUGUUUUAAAAGGUGCUCCUGCUUUGAGUUGUGCCUUCUAACUUCAUAGCUUACUGUACUGUCUAUGAUAUAUUUCAUACCAACUAAAAAAGGCAUGUCAGAUAUUACAAUGGAGUCCUAUAUUGCACCACCAGGAGAGGGAGUUUCACCGAAAAGUAAUAGUUUGUUUUUAUAAGAACCCUUACUAUUUCUGUAACUUUUAAUUAAAUCAAUGGCAGCUGGAAUCAGAUUAGCUUCCAAACUAAUAUCAAAGUCUAUCAUUGAAAGCAUUAGUGUUGAUUUUUAAAUACGGUUGGUGAAUAGAAUUUGGUCCAAUAGUUUUUGACUAUUAACUGCCUUAAAUUGCUGAAUGCAUUCUUUAUUGUAUCUUGUGUAAAUGGACUUAGCCUACUUUAUGACCUUUUCUUGGUUUGUAUAUAGUGAGUAAUUAGACAAUCGUUGUAAUUUAUUGUGAUGGAAUGAUCUAUUUUAUAAAUGAAAUUAUUUUUGUAUGAAUUAUUAUGAAUGAUUCAAUAAUGAUCAAAUCCUGAAAGUAAAUCAAUACUGGAAUGUAAAGUGUAUACAGUUUUAAAUAUUGUUUUGCAUUAUAUAAUGAGUUGAAUGUUCAGUACAUUGUAUGUAAUUUCAGAAAAUUUGCAUUCUCCAUAUGGCAAAAUACAAAUAAAUGUUAAUAUCUUG